AUGGAAUUCAAAUUAGAUUCCCGCAAAGACGACGACCGUUCCCGGAGCUACCUGCUAAAAGGCGAUCGUUUUCUCGACAAUUACGACUACGUAAAAGCCAUCGAGUCAUAUAACGCUGCCAUUUGCUAUGCCCUGCCUUUUUCAUCGCAACUGCCAACUGGUUACAUGAAACGUGCCAAAAUCUACACGAAAUUGGGCUUGCACAAAGAGGCUUUACGAAGUCUAGAGUUCGCGAUGCAAACAGAGACGAAUGACGAGGAGAUUCGAGUGCAGCUGUACCAACAACGGGAAAAAUGUGUCGAUAAAUUGGGCGAUGAUUCCGCGCUGAAAUCCUUCCGACGAGUCUUGGAUGAGCCGCAAAUCACACAUAAUUUCCACAAAAAGGUGCCUUUUGCGUCGGAUUGCUUGGAAGUAGCGGAAAGUUCGGUUUUUGGACGUUAUUUGAGGACAACCAAGGAUUUGGUGCCGGGACAAAUUUUAUCGAUUGAACCAGCUUAUUGUCGAGUACUUGAUCGGAAAUUUAUCUACAAAAAAUGCACGCAUUGCUUGAAGUCGUGUCAUUUUAAUUUGUUUCCCUGCACAAAAUGCUCGAUGGCGAUGUUCUGUUCGGAAAAGUGUUUGGACUACUCGGAGACGUACCACAAGUACGAAUGUGCGAUAAUGGGCGUCAUUUACAACGUUUUCUGUGAUACGGAUCACGGAUCGCUUCCGUGGAUGGCAUUGCGACAACUUUUGCUGACUCUUCGGUGGUAUUGGCGCUUCCAGGAUUUGCUUAAAUUGCUCGUCGAUGCCGAAAGUGGCAAUUUUCACUUCCAACGUUUCAACUUUGAGACUUCUGUGCAAAAGAAUUACAUGGAAUACAUCCUCAGUCUGACCACAAAACCCCAAAUAGACGAAGAAUUCAUCGAAAUUUCGGAACUUUGUGAUAAAAUGAUCGAUGUUUUGACCAAAAAAUCACCCCUUCGCGAGGAUAUUCGGCAAUACAAGCUCCACGAUGCCACCUUUAGCUCCUCAAAGUAUCGAGAAGUGAUGACACGUGUCCUUAUAAGAUUUUUCUACGUAAAUUUAACGAAUGUCUACAGUCUUGUAUCGACGCCCGAGUGGUGGGAUCGCAGCGAAGCCAUGCGCAACGAGUCAUUCGCCUUAGCGAUCUUCCCGUUCACGACACUGAUCAAUCACGCGUGCGUUUCCAACGUCAAGGCACUUUUCGUGGGCGAGGGCAGUACAAAUUUCAUGAUUUACGUGAAUCGACCGAUCGCAGCGGGCAAACAAAUUUUCAUCACGUACCAAAAAGAGAUGAAUUAUCUGGAAACGCCGUUGGAAAAGCGUCGCGAAACGAUUUUAAGUGAAUUUGGGUUCGUUUGUGGGUGUGUGGCAUGCGUCAAUAAUUACGCAGUUGCUUCGAAAUUGAAACAUAUGUGCCUCAUGUCGAACGAGGAGAAGGAAUUUGUGAAGGAAAAUGUUCAAAUGUUGGACGAUAAACCGGAUAAUGUGGCAAAAGCGUGCAAGAAAGCCCUCAAAAUGUACGGAAAAAUAUUGGUAAAGUACGAAAAGCAAUAUCCGUGUUUGGAUUUGAAUCAAGUGGAACUCCUGCUGGAUCAUUGCAUCUUACUUUUGUACCGAAACCGACCAUUUUCGUACGAAUCGUAA